GUUGGAAGCCAAGACCCUCCAAGACCCUCUAAGAACACCGCAAUGAACAGCGUCUUUGUUUGCAAGGCCAGAACUCUAUCUUCCCCUGCUACACAUCCAGCACAGAACCAGAGCAAACGGUGCGCGAACAGCCGGUUCCGUGGGCCUCUGAGAGAGCAUAACAUUGAUCUCAUUUACCCAUCAGCAGAUUUGGCAGCAAAAUGAAUGAUUGUAAGCAGGCAGAAAUCAGAAAUAGCCCACCUCAAAGCAACCGCCGAACAUAGCGAAUAUACGACAAUGCAAAGUGGUCACAAAUGCGAAAAGACGGUUUUGAGUCUUGUCUGUCGACUGGCUUCGUUUGAGGUUUUUUGUUUGUAAUUAUGUUGUUUCAGAGUGUUUCUUGUUUUCUUUGCACCAUUUUAUCGUCUUAUUUCAGGAUAGCGUUUUGUUUUGUUGGAUUUGUUUUAUUGUUCAUGUUGCUGCUUUAUCAUUGCUUUUUGAAUGGAG